AUGGUUGAGGAUAAACGAAUGAUCUCGGGUUGGUGGACACAUGGACCUCAACGAAUAAAAUACAUGCUUUUAUACAAUGGAAUGCCAUUUGUGAUUACAACUUGUCGAAAUCUUUACACUCCAUUCAACUCUGUUGUUUACUACACGAAGCGAGAGACUGGAGUAAUAUGGCUAGCCUACGGAGAAAUGGUUUGGAUAACGUCACAGCUUUCAUAUUGGGCUGCACAAGCGGUCACUAAUGGAUUUUCGCAAUCUGUUAUUUUCAUCGGAUUCUUAUUCACUUUCUCUCAGAUAGUAUUCGUCUUGUUUCUCACAAAGGGAAUCAAGGAUUUUCGCCUGUCGUUCAUAGGUGUUUAUUUGUUUGGUCUUUCGGUUCGAAUAUUCCUAUAUCUUGCUUUUUUGGUAGCGACCGCGAUUAUAAAUCUUAUGGAAUGGGAAGUCAUUGUAGAAAAUGAUGAGACGUUGCUAUUCUUUCGGAGGAUGGUGCUCGUUAAAGUCUUCAUUUGUGUUUUUUACACUAUUCUCAAAAUCUACGUAUUUGCAAUUGUAUAUAGAUACUACUCGUAUAUCGAUAGAACAGUCAAUUACUUUCGUCAACCACCCACGGAAAAGAAGAUAGAACUACGAGUAAGCCCCACUCGGCAGAUAGCACUGGAACCAAAGGCAGAUUCAAGAAACGAUGAAGAAAGAAGACUCAAGCUAUAA